ACCUCAUUAGUGUUUUUUAUUCUUCUGUUUAGUAUAUGAAGCGAUACUAUAUAAUUUUUUAGGAGCAACAUUUGACGAAAUCAACAAACACUUCGGUGAGCUGCUGGCCGAAUUAUCGGGUGGUGACGAAGCAUAUGAACUGAGUGUUGCGAAUAAACUCUUCAUCCGCGACGGCCUGGAUUUGCUUGAGUCGUUUUUGCACUUAAUUAACACAACGUACGAAGGUCAGCUGCAGCAGGUCAACUUCGUCGAGUCCGAAGAAGCUGCUAAGAAGAUUAAUGAUUGGGUGAUGGAAAAAACAAAAUCAAAGAUACGAAAUCUGGUGAAUUCGAAGAUGCUCACAGAAGCAACCAAAAUGAUCAUCGUCAGUGCGAUCUAUUUCAAAGGAAGUUGGAAGAAGCCUUUUCCGGAACGACGCACUGAAAAGAAACCGUUUUAUUUGUCCGAAAAUGAGCAGACUGAGGUGGACACAAUGCAUAUACUGGACCACUUCCCAUAUAAUGCAGACGAAAAUGUUCAAAUUCUGAUAUUGCCAUAUCGUGGUGAGCAUCUCUCCAUGUGUUUAUUACUACCAAAAGAAAAAUAUGGGCUGGAAGAAUUCGAGAAUUCGCUUAAUGGUACUCGACUUCUGGAAAUGGUUGCUGAAGCGGAGUCAAGAGAUGUUCGAAAUUUGGGCAUCACAGAUGCUUUCGAAGGUAGCGCCAAUUUUAGUGGCAUGAGUGAUGCACCCCUAUUCGUUGACAGUGCCGUACAUCAAGCAUUUGUCGAGGUAACAUGUUUGCUUUUGAGUUUUAUCUGCAAAUUGAUUACCUUUGAUAGGAUCAGGAGCAGGUUUCAGAAAUUUUUCAAUAAUUUUUGAUC